AAACGUGUUUACGUUUUAGUUUUAUGUUCAGUUUUCCUUGUAUUGUGAACGAACAUUGCAGGUGUAGGUAUAUGAGAAUUGAAUUCCUUAUAGGCACUACGUAUCGUAAAUAUUUUCCUCAAUAAGGUUUUCCAACUCAGUAUAAGUUUUGCUGUGAUACAAGACACUAGAACACGAAUUAAAAAUGACUGAAAUGAAAUCCAAAAUGAAGCAGGAAUCAACACUACAUUGGAUUAUCAAGGCUGAAAAUUGGUGCUUGCAACUUGAAAAUUGGGGUAAAAUUUUCGCUGUAGUAAAUUGUAUCCUCACGUUUGGAUUUUGUGUUGUUGCUGCCGGCGCCGCAUUGUGGAUACUGAGUGAUACUAUGUCUCUAGUAAAACGUGCUAAAUACGAGAAAGAACUAAAUCAUACCUACUUUGGCCAAUAUGUCUAUUUUAUGCUCUUACUGAGCGGAGGCCUGGUGCUAAUUUUUAUAUUGACAUUAUCGUCAUUUGCCUUCGCUAUAGUUCUUGCCAAGGGAGUUUUUAAGAGAAACGCAGAGUAUGUGAAGAUCUAUUUCUGGUAUGGAGUGGUGGUGAUAGCCCUAUCAUGUGCUGGUGGGCUAGCUCUGAGUGUCCUCUUACUCUGUCCCUUCCAGUUCGACGAAGGCUUCUUCGGUUCCGCCGUUUUUUACAUCUUUGCAUCCAUAGCGUGCUACGCGCCGUUUUUAAUCCCAAUCUACUUUAUUUACAAGAAGAUUCAACGGGAGCCUUCACCUGCAUCGAGCAGCGUGGCAUACGUACAGCAUCUAGUUAGAGACGCAGAGAAAUGUUAUAAUAUUCAUAAAAAAAAUAUAAUGUUCUAAAUUAUAAACAACUAUAGGUCACACUGCAAAGCAUACUCCACCACGCUUCUCCAGUGCGAGUUGUUUGAGGUGUUUGGGCUCAUAGCCGUAAAAAAAUACUGUUCGUUUGUUAUAAUUUACUUAUCUGAAUCAAUAAUACGAACAAUUUUGUACUGAAAUAAAAUAAAUUGUUAUUAAAUUAUAAUAUAAUAUAUAGUUAUUAUUACUUACAUAUAUUACAUUUAAAUAAUCAUUUUAUACGUCCAUAAAUUUAAAUUACUUAUUAAAUAAAAAUAAAUGUUAAGAUAUUAUAUUA